AUGAGAGAAAUCCUUCACAUUCAAGGUGGCCAAUGCGGGAACCAAAUAGGUUCAAAAUUCUGGGAAGUUGUAUGUGACGAGCACGGGAUUGAUCCCACUGGUCGAUACACUGGAAACUCAGAUCUGCAGCUGGAGCGGGUGAAUGUUUACUAUAACGAGGCAUCGUGCGGAAGAUACGUUCCCCGAGCCAUUCUCAUGGAUCUCGAGCCUGGUACUAUGGACAGUGUCAGAACUGGACCUUAUGGUCAAAUCUUCAGGCCUGAUAACUUCGUUUUUGGUCAAUCUGGUGCUGGAAACAACUGGGCUAAAGGGCACUACACUGAAGGAGCCGAGCUUAUUGAUGCGGUACUCGAUGUUGUUCGCAAGGAGGCUGAGAAUUGUGACUGUCUUCAAGGUUUCCAAGUAUGCCACUCGCUUGGAGGAGGAACGGGAUCUGGAAUGGGGACUCUGCUGAUAUCUAAGAUCAGGGAAGAGUAUCCUGAUCGAAUGAUGCUUACUUUCUCUGUCUUCCCAUCACCAAAGGUCUCUGACACAGUGGUUGAGCCAUACAACGCCACACUCUCCGUUCAUCAGCUGGUUGAAAAUGCUGAUGAGUGUAUGGUUUUGGAUAAUGAAGCCCUUUAUGACAUCUGUUUCAGAACACUCAAGCUUACCACUCCUAGCUUUGGUGAUCUGAAUCAUCUGAUCUCUGCAACCAUGAGUGGGGUUACAUGCUGUCUUAGGUUCCCGGGCCAGCUCAACUCUGAUCUGAGGAAGCUUGCAGUGAACCUCAUCCCUUUCCCUCGUCUCCACUUUUUCAUGGUUGGUUUCGCUCCUCUCACCUCCCGUGGAUCCCAGCAGUACCGCGCACUCACCGUCCCUGAGCUCACCCAACAGAUGUGGGAUUCAAAGAACAUGAUGUGCGCCGCAGACCCGCGUCACGGCCGGUACCUAACCGCCUCGGCGAUGUUCCGUGGCAAAAUGAGCACUAAGGAAGUAGACGAGCAGAUGAUAAACGUGCAGAACAAAAACUCUUCCUACUUUGUGGAGUGGAUACCGAACAACGUGAAGUCGAGCGUCUGUGACAUUGCGCCUCGCGGUCUCUCGAUGGCGUCGACUUUCGUUGGGAAUUCGACGUCGAUCCAGGAGAUGUUCAGGAGGGUGAGUGAGCAGUUCACAGCCAUGUUCAGGAGGAAAGCUUUCUUGCAUUGGUACACGGGUGAAGGAAUGGACGAGAUGGAGUUUACUGAAGCCGAGAGCAACAUGAACGAUCUCGUCUCUGAGUACCAGCAAUAUCAAGACGCAACUGCGGAUGAAGAAGGCGAGUAUGAAGAAGAGGAGGACGAGGAAGGGGAGCUAUUGGAUCAUGAGUGA